UCGUUUCUCCAUUGUGUACCAGUAGUUAAAUAGGGGAAAGACAAUUAUGGCGGUACCUAAUAAUAUACGAUAUUUUUAUCCAUGUUUUCGAUGUUUCUGACAUCUACGGAGAACGUGGUACGAGCUGGAGAUGCUGCGAGAACUGCAAUGAAAAAAGAUGGUUAUGAUAUCGAGACCUGCAUAUCUUAUUUAUCAAACGAAAAAAUUGUAUCAAAGGAUGCUUGGCUAGAUCGAAUGCGUAACCUGGCCAUGUCUUGCGCCAUGGUGAGCCUCAUUCUGCUUGGUUUCUCUGCACCUCUUGGUAUAUUCGGACUCUUCAAAAAACAGAUAAGCACCGUCAUGGUCACUGGAGUCAUGUACAUCUUAGCAGCUGUGUUCGGAAUUUUCAACUUGGCAUUCAUGCACUUCAAGCGGGUAAAACCGGAUGGAUUUUACACGAGUACCAUACUUGACCUCAAUCUGCCGGAGGAAUACAUGAAAGCUCGGGAGUUCACCGUGGGCUGGCCGCCGUCUUACGAAUGGGCCGGACUUUGCCUCUGCCUCGUCGGAAGUCUAUUCUGGCUGCUGCUUGCCAAGAUUUACAGGUUUCAGAUGCUGAGCCCUACUUGA